CCAGCUGUACCUGAAAUGCGCCGUGAAGCAGAGGAGUUUAUUACUUUUCUCAAUAAGUCGGUCACACCAUUUCACGCUGUUCACGAAUGCCGUGAACGUCUACUUCAAGCAGGAUUUGAAGAAAUAAAAGAAUCAGCUCACUGGAAUAUCAAGCCAGGAGGAAAAUACUUUGUUACCAAGUAA